CCAGCGACAACACUCCGCGCAUGCGCGCCCUCAGUUAAAACGCUUUAGCAAGUCCCGGCUUCCGGCCGGCGGCGCAUGCGUACCUCUGGUUACUGUGCGCUCGGACCUGCUCUGUGGGUCAGCACGGUCGUCGGGGGCCUCUGGGAAGAUGGCGGGGGUGGGCAUGGCGGCCCUGGGCGCUUGGAUACCUCGUGGGAGGUGGGGCAGAGUGGGCGUCUUCUUAGGCUUCCACCGUGGCCUCAGCGCAUUCCUUGCAAGGAAGUCGGAGGGGACAGCACGGUGGGUCCCAGCUUGCAGACAAAAGACAUCAGUCUCUUUCCUUAGUCGACCAGACCUUCCAAACCUGGCUUAUAAGAAGCUAAAAGGCAAAAGUCCGGGAAUUAUCUUCAUCCCUGGCUAUAUUUCUAAUAUGAAUGGUACAAAAGCAUUGGCGAUUGAAGAGUUUUGCAAAUCUCUAGGUCACGCCUAUAUAAGGUUUGAUUACUCAGGAGUUGGAAAUUCGGAUGGUAACAUACAAGAAUGCACAGUGGGAAGAUGGAGAAAAGAUGUUCUUUCUAUAAUUGAUGACAUAGCUGAAGGACCACAGAUACUGGUUGGAUCUAGCCUCGGUGGCUGGCUUAUGCUCCAUGCUGCAAUCGCAAGGCCACAGAAAGUCGUUGCUCUUAUUGGUAUAGCUGCAGCUGUAGAUAGCCUAGUGACACAGUUCAAUCAGCUUCCUGUCGAGGUAAAAAAGGAAAUAGAGAUGAAAGGCGUGUGGAGCAUGCCAUCAAAAUACAGCGAAGAAGGCGUUUACGAGGUUCGGUACAGUUUCAUUAAAGAAGCCGAACACCACUGCUUGUUGCAUAGCCCUAUUCCUGUGAACUGCCCCGUAAGACUGCUGCACGGCAUGGAGGAUGACAUCAUCCCUUGGCACACGUCCAUUCAGAUUGCCGACCGAGUGGUCAGCAACGACGUAGAUGUCAUCCUCCGAAAACACAGUGAUCACAGAAUGAAGGAAAAAUCGGACAUUCAGCUUCUUGUUUACACUAUUGAUGACUUAAUUGAUAAACUUUCCACUGUAGUUACCUAGAAUCACAUUAUUAGUUGGUAUGUACACUAAUGGAUCCAGAAAAUUGGAAGCAGGAUAACAAAUGAAAGACCCUGAACUUAGGUUUUUUCCUCUUAGCUCUAUUUUGUAAAUAUCACAUGAGUAUUUAAUGACGUAUGAUACAAGUGAAACAAAUUGCGACGGAAGUACAAGCUGUCGUCUGGGAAAUUUUCUUCCUUCAGGCCUUGAUUUCUUUUCAUAGAAGUAGAGUGAACAGCGUUACAAUAGUUUCGGGGUACAACAUAGUGACUGGACACCUCUGUGUGUUACGCUGUGCUCACCACAGAUGUAGCUGCCGCCUGUCACCACGCAGCACCGUUAACAGUGCCGCUGAUCGUUCCUCCGCUGUCCCUCUCUUCCCCGUGACCUACUCCUUCCGUACCUGUUAGCCUGUAUCUCCCACUCCCCUUCACCUAUUUUUGCCCAUCUCCCCUCCCCUCUGACAACUACUAGUUUGUUCUUUGCAUCUAUAGGUCUGUUUGUGCUUUGUUUUUUGUUUUGCUUUUUAAGUUCUACA